AUGUUUGAUAAUAACAAUUACAUUGUUGAAGAUAAUAUCGUUAAGCCAACGAAGAAAGUGUUUGUGGAUAAAGUAACCUUAUCACAGUUAUCAAAGAAUGUACCAUCAAUUUGUGAAUUUUAUGCUGAUCAAAACAUUCUGGUUACGGGCGGUACUGGCUUUAUGGGCAAAGUUUUAAUUGAAAAAUUACUUCGUUCAUGUCCAAAAAUUAAAGGCAUUUAUUUAUUACUGCGUUCGAAAAAAAAUUAUACGGAUGAAGAAAGAUUAAAUAAAAUGUUUAAUAUACCUUUAUUUAACAGAUUAAAAGAAGAAUAUCCGGAAUCAUUAUCAAAAGUAAAAGUAAUUAAAGGAGAUAUCAGCAAACUAGAAUAUGGUUUAUCUGAUUCUGAUUUAGAAUUUAUAAUUCAUGAAAUAAACAUUGUAUUCCAUGUGGCAGCAUCUGUUCGAUUUGAUGAUUCUUUGAAGGAUGCUAUUUUAAUUAAUACACGAGGAACUAGAGAAAUGUUAAAAAUACUUAAACAAAUGCAAAAUUUAAAGGUUUUUCUAUAUACAUCAACCACUUAUUGUAAUGUCGAUAAAGGCGUGGACACAAUCGAAGAAAAGGUUUAUAAGGCGACAACGGAUUGGAAAACUAUGAUUAAAGCAGCUGAAAUUAUGGAUGAAAAUGUGCUCAAUUUUCUUGAAGAAAAAAUUUUAAAUAAAUAUCCGAACACGUAUACCUUUUCCAAAAAUCUUGCUGAAGAACUUCUUUUCGAAAGUUGUGAAGAUGUAUCAACAGUUAUUUUUCGUCCAUCAGUCGUGGUUGGUUCGGAAAAAGAACCAAUGCCGGGAUGGGUUGAUAACUACAAUGGACCAAUGGGUCUACUUACAGGAAUUAUGACUGGCGUAAUUCAUGCAGUUUAUGCAAAUGGUGAUACGAAGGUAGAUUGGAUGCCUGUUGACAUAGCAAUAAAAGGAAUGAUAACAUCAGCAUGGUAUAAGGCUUUAGAACAAACUGAUCGUAAUAAAUGCUUAGUAAUUAACUCAUCAACCAGUGAUUUUAUAAAUCUGAGUAAUAGAUUGUUUACUAAUAUCGGUUCGAGUAUAAUGUUAAAAAAUCCACCGAAUCAACUAUUAUGGUAUCCAUUUUGUGUCUCUACGCCAAAUAAAUAUAUAUAUUGGUUUUAUUUUGUAACACUGCACUUGAUUCCAGCAAUAUUUUUAAGUGUUUUAUUGAAAAUAAGUAUUUUUUCUAAUCAGAGAUUAAAGUAA